ACCAAACAGCCUCCAUCCUUUCCGUCCCAAUGAGUGGCAGAUCUGCGAGGAACCCCACCACAAUCGGGAUGCGGGCGCCGUCUGUCGCCUCUCACUACGGAGGGGGGUCGCAGACAACGACGCGGAGGGUCUUGCAUGAGGUGCCUGGGAGCGACAUCGAUGCCGAGAGUGCUGCUCCCUGGUCUCCAUGUGGGAGACGGGCGACGACCGAGGACGAACCGCUGCCAGAGGACCACACAGACCCACUUCGCUCGGUGAGGAAGCAGCAUGGGGAGACAGACGGCGCAUAUGGAACACACGUGAUGCUGUGAUGUAUGGGUGCAGAUUGCCCUGGACGUGGAGCAUUGGGAGAUGGCCGCCACGCCGCGAGGAAGGAACGCACACAGGCUCUUUCAGGACGUAGGUGCAUACGGAGCGGAUGGAUGGAUAAGUGAAGGCAUGCAUGGUCGGUUACUUACAGGGUUGCAAGGCCAAGGUGCUGGACCAAUUCACGAGUGCCAUCAAGAUCUACAAGUAAGUACGUAUCCGCCUUGCAACGCCUGAUUGCGCACACGAACGUCGGCCUGAUUGCCUGCCUGGCUGAACACAGGAAGUGUCUCGAGGAGGACCCGCGUCACUUUGGCGCGCUGAUCAAUCUGGCCACGUCCUACAUGCGGCUGCUCAAGUUCGACAAGGCCCUCGCCCUCUUCGACACCGCCAGACAUAUACACCCUAGACGACUCAAGGUGCACAAGGAGGAUCGAUCUCUCCCUCUCUGUCUGUCUGUUGCAGCAAUCAAUCCAUCUCUUCUUGCUUUGUUACAGGUGCAUUUGAACCAGAUGGUGUGUCUCUUCCAGCUGGGCAGAUAUGAGGACGUCUUGUCGGUAGCAGAUCGUGCUGUCGGGCUCAGCAAGGAGAUGACCGCCAGCAGGGGCAAGAGGAAAGCGUAUGUCGUGGCGGGGGAGGACCCAUCGGGUGCUGGAGGCCCUGAGUACGGCAACCUCCACUACUGGGGGGCUGAGACGACAGGCCAGCGGGCCGAGACACAGGAGGAGAUGGCUGUGCUCUUCAGAUACAGAGGGCUCGCCAACUUCAGACUCCAGGUUCCAGACACGCACUCGAUCCCACUUAGACCUUCCAUUGAUGUGUGGUGCAGAAUUUUGAGGCUGCAAGUGAGGAUUUCAUUGAGGCCAAGAGGCUGUCGUCGACAGCCAGGAGAGAAAAGGACAAGACACCAGCAGAGGAGCAGAGGGAGGCGGUGCGGCGUCUCGAUGCUCUCGCUGCAGCCAAUUUCCUCAGCGCAUCGGCACCGGCUGCUGCAGCAACUGGCGGUGCCAAGACAGAGAGGGGAGACACCCAACAGCAGCAGGUGGACAGCCAGUCGCCCACAUCAUUUCGCCAGGCCGAUCGGAAACACGUGACCACCAAACACAGCGUCGGACAGCCACAAGUCACCGCCAGGCACGCAGACAUACAUACGACACAUCUCACUUGCUGGAUUCACUCUCUUUAUGUGUGGGUGUGUGUCGCCAUCGGUAAGGUCAGAGGACAGCCGGCGUGCCAGCGAUGAGGACACACGGACGGAGAGCAGCAAGAGCAGUUCGGCAGAGGGAGAGAUGGGGGAGGGGUCCAGGGGUGCGGGUAGGGCGCAGGUCGACGAGAUGAAAUGGACCCAGCUGACCCGAACCAACCUCAGGAGGCUCGUCCAGGAGAUGGCCAGAGACACCUCGGAGCGGAACCUCAGUGUUGUCGCCACACUCGUAAAGGUGAGACAUGCACCCGCACUCACACCCAUCCCCCCUCUCAGAGCAAUGAUGUCCCCAUCAAUGCCUGGUUACAGCCUCUCCGCUUCUUUCGAAAGCUGAGAUCUCGAUCGCAGCGAGAAGACCUGCUGGCGGAGGGUAGCGUGACGCACCAUCCCGCCAACAGCGUUGUUUUUCGGCAGGGUGAUCUAGCCGAGUUUAUGUACGUCAUUUUAAGCGGCAUAUGCACGGUGUCUGUCAAGACCCCCGGGCGGCCCACAGCGAUCGUGGUCAACACCAUGUACGAUGGUCAGGCCUUCGGCGAGACAUCUAUAACUGGCGGCCAUGAAGCGGAGAGGGGCACACGGGGAGCCACUGUCACAACUGCUGAAGACACCUAUCUGCUGCAGUUGGACCCACACAGAUACUUGGAGAUCAUUGCGCGAGGGACGAGCGGCGAGAAGGACCUUUCCUCGUUCGUGUCGCAGCUUAAGAGGACGCCAUUCUUUGCUGGAUGUGCCAGCCAUCACCUCUCGCAGCUGCCGAUCCACGUCAGAAUAAAGGUGAGACCAAAAUGUCGCUCUCACCUGUGUGUUGAACGUGUGUUCCUCUCUCUCUCUUUUUCUCUCCAGAGGUUUUCUUACGGCGGGGAGGUGCUGCGACGCGGCAGGAAGCCGGACGGCCUCUACAUUCUUACACAAGGGCUCUGUCGACUGGUCAUUCCCCCUUCUGUCGUCAACGAAUUCAAACGACAAAGGGCCGAGGAACGAGCCAACAUACAGGUGCGGCCGCCAUCCGCCGCCACACGCAUCCGGGAGGAGCCUCCAAAGAAGCCUCAAUUGAUCGUGGAGACGUCCUUCGACGAGCUGCCAUCUAUGCCGUCUCCCCACGCGUCCCCUCUGCCCCUAUCACCGGCUGUCAGGCAGCAGGGGCAAAAUAACUCGAGACAUGGAGGCCUGCUGGGGUGGGCGAAAUCCUCGCUUUUGAGCCGGUCGAGUGUUGCUGCCACUGCCCCCAGUGCGAACGGCUCCAUGACGGCGAGACCCUCUGUCGCCGUGUCAAUGACGAACGUGGGUGAGAGGCGGGCGACGGACGCCGGCACAGACAGGCGGCCGUCCACUGCGAGAAGCGUUGGCCAAGAGACACCGCAAUUCGUGCGGUCUGAGCUACUGGACGAGAAGCUCAUCGACGAGGGAAUCACCUAUAGUCAUAUCCGUCCUGGCGGCUUCUUCGGUGUGCGCGCGGUGGAGGACCAGAGGAUUGCCGACACCGCACAGUUCAGCGUGGUCGUGGCCUCUGCCUCUGCAGUGUUCUACGUCGUCACUCAGAAGGCACUCGACUACCUGCCAGGGCAGGUCGGCCAAACAAGCCCGCACCGAGACACAUACAUAGAUGUCUAUGCUGGCUGAUUGAGUGGUGAUGUCUUUGGGCUUUCUGCAGGUGAAGACAGAGGUGAUGCGGGGCAUCAAAGCGUCGAGCGAUCCGGCCCUCCCAAAGGGCGACGAGAUCAUCGAGGAAUUCCUUGCUCAAGAAGAAAAGUACUGCACAGUGCACACAGAUGGGAAUACCACAGACAGGUCGCAUGGCCCUUCUUGCCUACAGAUGGCAGCGUUACAAGAUGUCUGUAGCCCGCUCCGAGCCUUCCAAGAGACGGCACGCCAUUCCACCCACAGACCCACGCCGCCUCUUUAUCGACACAAAGAGGGCUGAAACAAAGACCGCUUCCCUGCCCAAGAAGCCGUCCUUCACCAAAGCACUCCACAGAGCCCUCCUGCUGCCAUCUGCAGAAUCUGAUGCUGCCAGCGACCUGAGGAUGACCAAGACGACUCCAUACGUGCCAUCGACAGUGCGGACAGCCCGACCUGCUGCGAGUGUGGCGUCGUCGCGGCCAAUCACGCCGGUGCCGAUUGUUGAGGCGGCAAGGGGGUAUGAUGGUGGUGUCACUGUGGAGGAGAGGGGCCAGGCCAAGAGAGAUCGGCCGAUGAGUGCGCCGCUGGGGCGGCAGUUCGAGAGAGCGGAGAGGCGAGUGAUUCGUGUGAGGCCCCACUGGUAGAGACACCAAGUGAGUGUGUGUUCACUUUUAUCAUGGACGGACCGCAUUGAUUCACGCAUUCGAUUGUUCAUAUGACGCGUGUCUGCACGGAAUCGAGUU